UUGUUGUGCCCACGCGCUUCACUGUGGUUCCUCGUGUUGAAGCAGUAACACGCGGAUUCGUGCGCACACACUCGAGGAAGAAGCUGAGGAUCAUGGACAUGAAGAAGAGGGUCUCCUUGGAGCUGCGACACCGGUCACCCACAGAGGUGCAGGAGCUGGUUCUGGACAACUGCCGCUCCAGCGAAGGGAAGAUCGAGGGCAUCACGGAGGAGUUCUCCAACCUGGAGCUGCUGAGCCUCAUCAACGUGGGCCUGACCAGCGCCGCGGACCUGCCCAAGCUGGACAAGCUGAAGAAGCUGGAGCUCAGUGACAACAGGAUAUCAGGCGGCCUGGAGGUCCUGGCCGAGCGACUGGUGAAUCUAACGCACCUCAACCUCAGCGGGAACAAGUUCAAAGAUAUCAGCACCCUGGAGCCCCUGAAAAAGCUGCCCCAGCUGAAGAGCCUGGAUCUGUUUAACUGUGAAGUGACGAACUUGGCCGACUACCGAGAGUCCAUCUUCAAGCUCCUCCCCCAGCUCACCUACCUGGACGGCUACGACAUCGACGACUGUGAAGCGUCGGACUCGGACGGCGAGGGGGACGGCCUGGAGGACGAAGAGGAGGGAGACUCAGAAGACUUUGAGGAAGAGGAGGAGGACGAUGAGGAGGACGUUGUGGCGGUUGAAGAUGAUGAUGACGACGACAGCGCUGACGAAGAGGAAGGGGAAGUGAACGGAGACGUGGACAGUGAGGACGAUGACGAGGAUGAAGACGAUGAGGACGACGAUGACGAGGACUCGUCUCCGGCCAAAGGAGAGAAGAGGAAAAGGGACCCUGAGGAAGAUGACGACGACGAUGAAGAUGAAGAUUAAAGAUCCAAAGACUCUGCAAACCCGCUGACCUCUUGCCCCCCCCACUCGGCCGACUCCUGGGCUGCGUCCCUUUUCUGACACUGGUCUCCUCCUCUGGGCUCUCGUCAUCUCGCAGAUCGAAACAACCUCCGAUAACUGGACCUGAAUCAGGGUUUUGUCCUGGUCCCAGUUUUUUAGUCCUCAUCCCACAGCUUGAAUCUUUAAUGCGUAAUAAUAAAAUACAAUUAAUCAACUAAUUUCACCGUUAAUCUGAUCUAAAGUUCUGAUAAGAACCCGCAAGAACUUCCUCUGAGGAUUUUUACUUCCUGGCGUCUUUCACAUUUAUCUAAAGUUUUUUAUGAAUUACGGGUUCACCUGCAGGUUAUUUGUCACAUCACUCGUUUAAAAUGUUUAUUUAAACGUCUUGUAGAAGCUGAAUCAGAUAUUUUAUCGUUUUCUGCCUUUUUGUUUGACAAAUAAAGUGAUUAUCACAAUUGCUGCAGAUUAA